AUGCCUGGUCAAUUAAACGGCGAUGCGAGUCACGAACCGCCCACCCAACACCAUAUCGAAGUGAUUGAAGACGAGACCCGUUCGGAGCGGGGAGACGGCCAACCCAGUCCCGGUUUAAGGGACAGCAAAGGCUGGGACGGUAAACUACGGGUCGACCGAAACACCCUGUUUAAGAACCCCGAAGCUCUCUCGGAUCCCGAAUAUUCAGAUGAUGAAAAUGUGCUUCCGGGGCAAGAGAUAGGUGCAGAUGAAGACCUCCUAGAUGACGAAGACCCCGAUACGGAUGAUAUCAGUCUUUCACAUUCGCGCAUCUCUUCUAUCUCUGCUCUUCGCUUGGAACGGUUUAAGAAAGUCGUACGACUAUGUCUACGCCAAAACCUCGUCCAGCACAUCGAGGGGUUGUCCGAAUUAGGCCCCACUUUAGAGGAACUUGACCUAUACGACAACCUCAUUUCACACGUCAGGGGCUUGGAUGACUUGACUAAGCUCACAACCCUAGACCUCAGCUUCAACAAGAUCAAACAUAUCAAACAUAUCGAACACCUAACCGAGCUCACCGACCUUUUCUUCGUAUCCAACAAGAUUAGUACCAUUGACGGAUUGUCGACUUUAACAAAACUCCGUCAGCUUGAGUUGGGUUCGAAUAGGAUAAGGGAGAUCAAGAAUCUUGAUGCCUUGAAGAACCUGGAGGAGCUCUGGCUAGCGAAGAACAAAAUCACCGAGCUCAAAGGCUUAGCUGGCUUGCCCAAAUUAAGACUGCUAAGCAUCCAAUCGAAUAGAAUCAAAGACCUUUCUCCUCUUCGCGAAGUCCCCCAGCUGGAAGAGUUAUAUAUAUCCCAUAAUGCCCUCGAAAGCCUCGACGGUUUAGAUGGAAAUCCCAAUCUGACCAUCAUCGACAUCUCAAAUAACGCAAUCACGAGCCUAAAAGGCCUUGGUAAUCUGAAGAACAUUGAAGAAGUAUGGGCAAGCUAUAACCAGCUCUCUGAUUUCGCAGAUGUUGAGCGGGAGUUGGCCGACAAGGAGAAUUUAACAACGGUGUAUUUCGAGGGAAAUCCUUUGCAGCUGAAACAGCCUGCUUUGUACCGGAAUAAGGUGCGGCUGGCGCUACCGCAAGUCCAGCAGAUUGAUGCCACCUUUGUGAAGACGGUCUAG